CGAGACUGCAGGCAGGGCCGGGCCCGACAUGGCGGAAGAGGAGGUGUCCAAGUUGGAGAAGCACUUGAUGCUUCUCCGGCAAGAGUAUGUCAAGCUGCAGAAGAAAUUGGCAGAGACAGAGAAGAGAUGCACUCUUUUGGCUGCACAAGCAAACAAGGAAAACAGCAGUGAGUCCUUCAUCAGCCGGUUGCUGACGAUAGUGGCGGACCUGUAUGAGCAAGAGCAGUACAGUGAUCUGAAAAUAAAGGUUGGAGGCAGGCACAUCAGUGCUCAUAAGUUUGUCCUGGCAGCCCGUAGUGACAGCUGGAGUCUGGCCAACUUGUCUUCCACUGAGGAACUGGACCUGUCAGAUGCUAAUCCUGAGGUGACAAUGACAAUGCUUCGCUGGAUCUACACAGAUGAGCUGGAGUUCAGAGAGGAUGAUGUGUUCCUGACUGAAUUGAUGAAACUAGCAAAUCGGUUUCAGCUACAGCUCCUUAGGGAGAGAUGUGAAAAGGGUGUUAUGUCCCUGGUGAAUGUUAGGAACUGUAUUCGCUUCUAUCAGACUGCAGAGGAACUGAAUGCCAGCACACUGAUGAACUACUGUGCAGAGAUUAUUGCCAGUCAUUGGGAUGACUUACGAAAGGAGGACUUUAGCAGUAUGGGUGCUCAGUUGUUAUACAAAAUGAUCAAAUCCAAGACAGAGUACCCAUUACACAAAGCUAUCAAAGUGGAGAGAGAAGAUGUGGUCUUCCUUUAUCUGAUUGAAAUGGAUUCACAGCUCCCUGGGAAGCUGAAUGAAGUGGAUCAUAAUGGAGAUCUUGCAUUAGAUCUAGCCCUUUCACGACGACUAGAGAGUAUUGCUACCACGCUGGUUAGUCAUAAAGCUGAUGUGGACAUGGUAGACAAGAAUGGCUGGAGCUUGUUACAUAAAGGAAUCCAAAGAGGAGAUCUCUUUGCUUCUACUUUCCUUAUUAAGAAUGGGGCCCUUGUUAAUGCUGCUACAUUGGGUGCCCAAGAGACACCAUUACACCUUGUGGCAUUGUACAGUUCAAAGAAACAUUCAACAGAUGUGAUGUCUGAGAUGGCACAGAUUGCAGAGGCCCUCCUACAGGCUGGUGCCAAUCCCAACAUGCAGGAUAGCAAGGGCAGGACUCCUUUACACCUGUCCAUCACCGCCAGGAAUGAAUAUGUGUUCAAUCAGCUGCUGCAGUGUAAACAGUUAGAUUUAGAGCUAAAAGACCAUGAAGGCAGCACAGCUUUGUGGCUGGCAGUACAGUACAUCACUGUAUCUUCGGAUGCAUCUGUAAACCCCUUUGAAGACCUCCCUGUGGUAAAUGGGACUUCAUUUGAUGAAAACAGCUUUGCAGCCAGACUCAUUCAGCGUGGCAGCAACACUGAUGCACCUGAUACCAUGACAGGAAAUUGUUUACUGCAGCGGGCAGCUGGAGCAGGAAAUGAGGCAGCAGCACUUUUCCUGGCAACCAAUGGUGCCCAUGUCAACCACAAAAACAAGUGGGGAGAAACCCCAUUGCACACAGCUUGCCGGCACGGCCUGGCCAACCUCACAGCAGAGCUCCUGCAGCAAGGUGCCAACCCAAACCUGCAGACAGAGGAGGCUCUGCCUUUGCCAAAGGAGGUCACAUCCCUAACCAGCUCCAUGGACAAUGUGUAUCUGCAGACGCCGCUUCACAUGGCAAUUGCUUAUAAUCACCCAGAUGUGGUAUCUGUCAUCCUGGAGCAGAAAGCCAAUGCUCUUCAUGCCACCAACAACUUGCAAAUUAUUCCGGACUUCAGCCUCAAGGAUUCCCGGGACCAGACUGUGCUGGGCCUGGCAUUGUGGACUGGCAUGCAUACCAUUGCAGCCCAGCUGCUGGGCUCCGGGGCUUCCAUCAAUGACACCAUGUCAGAUGGGCAAACCUUGUUGCACAUGGCCAUACAGCGGCAGGAUAGCAAGAGUGCACUCUUUCUCCUGGAGCAUCAGGCAGAUAUAAAUGUCAGGACUCAGGAUGGGGAGACAGCCCUUCAGCUGGCCAUCAGAAAUCAGCUUCCACUCGUAGUUGAUGCCAUAUGCACCCGAGGAGCUGACAUGUCCGUUUCAGACGAGAAAGGGAACCCCCCACUGUGGCUUGCGUUGGCAAAUAAUUUGGAAGACAUUGCAUCCACUCUGGUCAGACAUGGUUGUGAUGCCACAUGCUGGGGUCCAGGACCUAGCGGUUGCCUCCAAACACUUCUGCACAGAGCUAUUGAUGAAAACAAUGAGUCCACUGCCUGCUUUCUUAUUCGCAGUGGCUGUGAUGUGAAUAGUCCCAGACAGCCAGGUGCUAAUGGAGAAGGAGAGGAAGAAGCCAGGGAUGGGCAGACUCCCUUGCAUUUGGCAGCUUCCUGGGGACUGGAAGAGACUGUGCAGUGUCUUCUGGAAUUUGGUGCCAAUGUAAAUGCACAGGAUGCAGAAGGCAGAACACCUGUCCAUGUGGCCAUCAGCAACCAACACAGUGUCAUCAUUCAGUUGUUGAUUUCUCACCCUGAUAUCCACUUGAAUGUACGAGACAGGCAAGGGCUGACCCCAUUUGCCUGUGCCAUGACUUACAAGAACAACAAGGCAGCUGAGGCCAUUCUAAAACGAGAGUCUGGAGCUGCUGAGCAGGUGGAUAACAAGGGCCGGAAUUUUCUUCACGUGGCAGUUCAGAACUCUGAUAUUGAAAGUGUCCUGUUCUUGAUCAGUGUCCAGGCUAAUGUGAAUUCCAGAGUUCAGGAUGCUUCCAAGUUGACUCCUUUGCAUCUUGCUGUCCAAGCAGGCUCAGAGAUUAUUGUUCGCAAUUUGCUUCUUGCAGGAGCCAAGGUGAAUGAAUUAACCAAGCAUCGCCAAACUGCCCUCCAUCUUGCUGCCCAGCAGGACCUGCCUACCAUCUGCUCAGUUCUCCUAGAGAAUGGAGUAGACUUUGCUGCUGUGGAUGAGAAUGGAAAUAAUGCUCUUCAUCUUGCUGUCAUGCAUGGUCGACUCAACAACAUCCGGGUUCUCCUGACAGAGUGCACAGUGGAUGCUGAAGCCUUUAAUCUGAGAGGCCAGUCACCACUGCAUAUUUUGGGACAGUAUGGCAAAGAGAAUGCAGCAGCCAUCUUUGAUCUGUUCUUAGAGUGCAUGCCUGAGUAUCCUCUAGAUAAACCAGAUGCAGAAGGAAACACAGUGCUGCUCUUAGCAUACAUGAAAGGGAAUGCCAACUUGUGCCGUGCCAUCGUCCGAUCUGGGGCUCGUCUUGGGGUGAAUAAUAACCAAGGUGUGAAUAUUUUCAACUACCAGGUUGCAACCAAGCAACUUCUGUUUAGACUAUUAGACAUGCUCUCCAAGGAACCUCCAUGGUGUGAUGGCUCCAACUGCUACGAGUGCACUGCCAAGUUUGGAGUCACAACGCGCAAGCAUCACUGUCGGCAUUGUGGACGUCUGCUUUGCCAUAAAUGUUCUACCAAGGAAAUUCCUAUUAUAAAGUUUGAUCUGAACAAGCCUGUGCGAGUCUGCAACAUUUGCUUUGAUGUACUGACACUGGGUGGAGUCUCUUAGCUCCUAGGACGCCCAGGCCACAUCCCCAUCACCUCCCCAGCAGCUGCUCUGCUCACCAGCCUGCCCCACCGGACCCCCACCUAGAGCAGGAGCUGGCAGUCGUCUUCCUGCGGCAAUACUGGAACAAUUAAGGACCGUGAUCCCGUUUCGAAUAAUUCUGUAUGAUUGUCAGUAUGUUAGACUGUGAUUGAGUUCACUAGAUGUCUCACUAAUCAGACCAGGCCAUUUAGCCUAAGUGGUAAACAUGAUAGGAAUUAGACCCCAUUCUGCUAGCAACAUUCAAGGACACUUUGAGAACAUUUUCCCUCCAGUAGUUUAGUGUCCAUCUCAGAGCAUUCCUAAGUCUUCCUGCCUGGGCUGGCUUACGAGGCAGAGCCUAACAGAGUGGGAAGCUGGCUGUAUCAUGAGAGCUGGCUUCACUCUAGGUUAAGUGGCUCUGGACUUUUCUGCAGUGUUUUCAUAAAGUUAAUAGGAUCCUCUUACCCUGAAGUCUUUUCUUUUUUUAAGCUAAGCUGUAUUUUUAGCAAGCUGCCCCUUUUAAAAAGGUGAAAUCUUUCUAAACAGGGUUCAAAGAUGAGAGCUGAAAAAUCGUGGCCUUAACAACUGAAAGCUUUACUAGUGUUCAUGCUGCCCAGGUGUCAGGAGUACAGUGUGGCGGCUUGACACCUCCUAGCAGCUGUCUCAUCCUCUCGUCUUGCUGCGUCCUGUCUGUGGAGUCCUUAGUCACUCUGCCACUAAGUGAGUGGUGGAGGAAAUGCACUUUUAUUGUGCCGCACUUUUUAUAUAGCUGCAUCAUUGGUGAUUCCUAUUUAAAAAUCCAUAAUCAAAAAUAAACUCACACAUUCUCCUCACAGCAGUGAUUCUAAUGUUCAGCUGUGGCUAGACCUCAGCCCACCCUAAUCUUAGAGGAAACUCCUGCUGAGUGUCUCUUAGAGCAAGAGAUUCAUAUAGGCCAAGUGCCCAGAGGGGGGGAUCAACUAGACUGCAGCUCUAAGGCCUUCUCCAGCCUCAGGCUGGCAGAUCCCAUCUCCUUGACAUGAAUGCUUCUUGCUGAAACCUUUCCUGGUUAUGCUGUUAAUGCUGUUGAUCCCAGUUCUGUGUAGCUUGCCUGCCCCAAAAGCCAAUAGCUGAAGGCCCUGGCCAAGUGUGUGCAAACCAUUUUGGAAGGCUCUGACUUGAUUGCUGAUUGAGGCCUCCAGAACUCAUUUGGGCCUUAGUUGCUGCUAGUACGUACAUCUAUUGACUCUGAGGUGUUAAACUCCUUUUCUUUUGAAGGUUUGGCCAGUUUUUAAAAAAUGCACAUUGAAAAAGAAACUUUUACCACUGCUUUUUAAUAAUAUUCAAUUCUGAGAUGAACAAUAUGUGCUAUAUAGUUAUAUUCAGAGAUUAACAAUCUCAAAAAUACUGAUUUUUUUUCAGACACUUAAUAACCACUACAUUUUUUUUUUGCAUUAAUGAAGUAUGGAUAUAUGUGUAAAAGGGACUGAGUAUUAUUUUGCAACAUCCCUGUUUUGUUUGUUUCUCCUUUGGAUAGUGGUAUGUCCUCUAUGUUGCUGUAGAUUUAAACAUUCUAUUGCCUAAAUAUGUGUGUAAAAUGCGCUGAUAAACCAGAGUGCUACUUUUAAAAAAUAUUUCUGUGAUUUAUAAGAUAUAUAUGCUUUUUAUGUUAAUAUGAGCUUGUGCACAAUGUUUAAAAAAAUGAGAAAAAUUUCCCUUCACCCAGUCUGUGAUAUAUUUCAUACAGAAUUUUUAUAAAAUAUUUGACCAAGUUUUGGUAAAUGACCAUGUUUAAGCAUGUGGUCAGUUUCCAUUUUCUGUUGCCUAAAAAGGCCCACAAGAACAUAGGGCUUCAUUAGGUAGCUUGACAUUUAGAAAGCAAAAUAAUUAUGAUUUAGAUAUGAAUUGAGGUGGUCGGUACAUACAUACUUGUUCUUUUAAUGUUCACAGUGGAAAGGAAAGGACAGGAAUUCAAUCAGGGAUUGUUCUGCCCUUGCCCUCCCAUGCCAGUUUCAAUAACAGUGUCGCCUAUACUUGCACUUAAAAUCUUAAGAUCAUGUUUAAAAUGUGUUGAUUCAAGCUUUUAUUCAGAGUCCAGGGACAGCAAUGAUACUGACCAACCGUGGAUGCAGGGGAACAUUUUUUGAGUUCUGCACUGGUGCAUUCAUGUAGUGAUAGAAUAGGCCUCUUUCCCAAGUCUUAGGAAAUCUCCCUAAAUCUAACACACUGCUUGCUGCUCACUGGGCUGCACUCAGCAGGCUCCUUGAAGGGUAUCUGCCCUGUGGGACCCCAACAUACACUGCCCUGGCCAGGACCAGACACACUCUGUGUCCCUGUUAUGCUCUUCAUGCUGUCAAGACUUGACUACAAAACUGCCUAGCUGUUCUUGUUAAAUUUUAAUUAGUAGCUUGAGUACUAGUAGCAAAAUUUAAUUUUAUUCAUUUGGAAAGUUGCCAAUUGUGAAUGAAUAGAUCAGGAAGAAUAAACUUUGCUGAAAUAUAAUUUGCUGCAUCAUUCAACAUUGUUAAUGCCAAAUUAGCUCUGUAACUAUCUCUUGAUCGUUGCCAGACUUAAGACAGAGGUACAAACCAUGUGAUAUGUAUAAAUUGAAUGGCUUAAACUAAUUUGCCGUGAUCCUCUAACACAAAAAUGUCCCACAAACUUAAGUGCCUACACUUAGGACUCUAGUUUCAGUUAUCUUUCCAGUGGUGUCUCACUGAAUGAUGUAUUAGAACACGUGUUCCAUUUGCAGUUUUGUGCCUGUACACUGUCAACACCAAUUACCAAUUUAGUUGAAGCUGGAUUAGAUUGCUCAAUUCACCUGCCACAUUCUCUCCAAGGAGUGGGGUCCACAUGACCUUCAGUCCUCUACCUCAGAGCCUUCAGUCAUUUCUGACCACCCUGAUCAGCUUCGCCCUCUAUACCCGAAUGGGCCCCUGUGUGGAGCUCAGUGUGCAUGUGGUCUAUUCUUCCCUAUUCACGUCUCAUGUAUUGUAAUAAACUGUUCCUAUGUUAAUCUUGUCCACAGGCAUGGAGGGGAGGGAAGGCUUGGGAACAGGAAGAUCACUGAGCUCCACUAGGUUUCCUUCAUCCGGAGAAAAAGAACACUUCUGAAUUAUGUAAUGCUUAGACCUGAGGCAAAGCAAACAUCCAGGUGACAGUGGCAUGCACAAUUAAAUGUACACUUCCAUCAUAGAAACACUCGCUUCCUUCACAAAAGCUCCAGAAUAACCAUGUGAAGCACCAGAGCUUCCCCUCCCAGCUGGAGAGAGGAGCCAGCAGAGAGAAAAUGGUUACCCAGGCACUGAAAGCCACACUCACACCCUGUGGCAGUGAUUUAGUGAAGAGCUGAGUGUCUGACCAGAUAUAAACAAAACACUUAAAUCCCCAAAAGUUGUAGAUGCCUUAAACAUUUUCUUUGGAAGAUCAUCAUCUGUACAGUUUCUCUUUUGUGUGGCGUAAAUAAUAUAUUAAUCUGUUACAACUGACAACAUUGGUUCUCUGUAACAGGAGUCUUGAGACUGCUUGACCUAAUGACUUGCCUUUUUGGUAGAUGUGUGGAGUUGGCUGUUCCAUGACAACCCUGUGGUACCAAGGGCAAGGGCAGUAGCUGGGCAGAAACUGCAGGUACACAUUUGGGUUGAUCACCUUGGCUUCCACAUCAUUUGAGGUGGUGCUCAGUGUGGGAUAAUGGCAUCAUAUAGGACCAUGGCGCUUAUGGGCUUUUUUUUUUUUUUUUUUUUUGAGUCUGUGUAAUGGAAUGUAUUUUUCAAAUACUGAUAUUUGGAUUUUCUGUAACAAUUCCUUAUAAUAAAAUGAGGUAAAAUUGUGCAUUUCAAGUGGAAACUUUAAUAAGACAUUUGUAGUUACUUCUAAUGCAGAAGUACCAAUAAGCAUUAAAAACAAACAAAAACCUCUUGA